AUGGAAAGUACCAUUCAUUGACACCUAACUUGGAGGCCUGAGCUCCCCCAAUUAAUAUCUAACCAAAUUAAGCCUAGCUUAAAAAAAAAAACAAGGAAAAGCCAAGAGAGUCACAUAACCUCCCUUAUUUAAGUAGGGGAAAGCACAGCAAGUGACAAACAAGGCGAAUCCCCGGAUUUGCCUCCCCUCAGCCCGGGAAAACGACAUCCCACAUCCGGUCGCAAGCCGCUAUCACCCAUUUCCGCAUACAAAGUAUAUGAGAUCUCGAAUAUAUAUGCCAUUAUCCAGCCGUUAGAAGAGCAGCAGCCCGCUAGAUUUAACUUCUCGCACAACCAUUUCUAUGCGGGAUCACGUUCGAUAAAAUUCGAUGUGGGUCCUCCUUCCAUGCGCGCGCACAUGGGUCGCAGCUCCGCCGAAUCCGUGUUUGAUACUGUUCUGGUCUCCACAUGGUAAGUUCUUGUGUCCAUCCCAUUAAUGACCGUCCGAUCAGGAUUUCUGUAAUCUCCACGCGAUCAAACCGAAUCCAACGGUAGAGAAAUGGUAGACAAUUUUGCCACACCCAGGUUUCCAUAUGGAGUCCGCCUUCCUCCUCCUCCUUCCCCCUCACCGGUCACCGCUUCUCCUUUAAGCUCCCCAACGACUCCCGGAGUGUCCGAAGAAUCCAAAGAAAAGAAGAAAGAGACGAAGCGCCGGCGUCGCCAUUGCCUAGUUCCAGGGAGAUGGAGAGAGAGGAGAAGCGAAGGCCUCAGCCCGCGGGACAUGAGCGGGUGGUGUGCCACAAGUGUGGGUCGGUGUACCCCAACCCCCACCCCAGCGCCAAGCAGCGGAGGGCCCACCGGAAACACUGCGGGACGGCAGGCGGUGUCGGAGGUGGCGAGGGGAAGAAGGACUCAGAUGAGGAGCUCUCUAACGAAGACAGCCGCAAGAACUCCGUGGAAGCGGCGUUGGAGGAUUUGAAGCUAGGAAUCGAAGAGGGGAAAGAAGUAAAGAGCGGCGUAGGAUCUGGAGGAGAAGUAAGAAAUUCGGGUAAAGAUGCGAUUUUGGAGACUAACAAUGCUGAUAAUACUCUGGAAUCAUAUGUUUUGCUUCAUGGCAGCCAAGUUCCUGGUCCUGGUACUGAGUGCAGCACAAAUCAAUUGGAAAGUGAUGAACAGUUUGGAGAUCAUACAUUGUCCUAUGAUGCUGAUGUGUCCUGUAGUGUCAAUAUGGAUUCUGCCUCCAAACAUAGAGAGAACUCUGAUUCUUCUGUAUUAAUCAAAGCAUAUAUGGUUGCUUGUGCCAAAAGCCAGGUUAAUAGAACUAUCCUUGUCAAUGAUACAGAUUUAGGGUACCAUGCAAAGAAUAAUAGUGAUGAUGACAUGCCUGUUUUUCCAACCCUACUUGGUAAUCCUGCAAGUGAUUCCUUUGUGAUAGACUCUCAAUUACAGAAGAUGGAUGAGUGUGUGGAGUUCAAUGAACCAUUAGAUCAUGCCACAGAAAACACCUUGAUGAAUGUUUACCCUGAUGAAGUUUCUGCUGAUAUAGAGGAAACCAAGUCAAUUGCCUGCAAUACACAGGAUGAGCAAACUAACGAAGAAGGACAGCUGUCUCAAAAUGAGUUAUUAUCCGAGGCUGGAUUAUGCCUUAUGAAAAAUAAUGAUGGUGAGCAUCUGAAUUCUACUGCUCACUGGGAUCAAUCUGAGUGUCCAAAUGGGAAGUCUGAUAAAUGGAAAAUGAAUGGGAAUGAACUGGAGAAUGUAAAUGCUUUAGAAAUGCCUUCAAGCACUUCUCAGGGAGAAAUUCUUGAAGUAACUCUAGGAUUUUAUGAGGAUCGUGGAUCUGUGGAACCGAUUGUAACUGUAAUUUCUGCUGGUGCCGACACUGGAAAUGAGCUAAAUUAUCAUAUGGGAGAUGUUGCCUCUGAAAUAGUUCCAAUGGUGGAACUAGACAGCAUUGCCAAUGGCAUCCUUUCAUCCAUUCAAGUUCAUGAGAGCAAUCCUCCUAGUGAGGAAAUAGUCAGUAUAAAUGCAGUCAGUAAGCUGAAUGCUGACCAGAGUCGUAUGGAUGAGCAUGUUAAUGGAGAUAGGUCUACUCUCGUCGGUGAUUCUGAACAUGAAGCCAGAGUAUCUCUGGCAAAGGCAGAAGGUUCCGAAGGGUUAGGAUCAGAUGGGCUUGAAACCCAUCCAUGUGUUACAAUUGCAGGAACAUCAGGAGCCCAAGCAGUGACUUUAGAUGAUCAAGUUACUGGUUCACUUGAAAGAUGUGCUGCAUCAAUCCAAUUAGCAGAAUUUGAAACUGAAUUUCAAUCUGAAAAGCAGUCUGACCCAUCACGUGAACUUUUCUUAUGUGAUCAUAUGGUGGCUGCAGAAGUGGGUGGUUUUGCAGCAUCUGAGGUUAGUCAAGCUGAUGAAACAACCAAGAUAAGUAAUGAAAGUCAACAUGUUAUUAAUGAAGCAACAGAGGUUAACAAUCAUUACAGUUCUGUGGGGAUCAAACAGGAAAUAUACGAAGAGGAAAGCUGUCAUUUAACAAAGACUAAUGCUCAACAUAAAUGUGACACUGUGGAACCAGAGCCCCUACCUUAUGAGUAUAUCGGAGAGAAUGAAGUGGAAAAGAGCAAAGAUUUAAGUGCAUCCACUCUUUUUGAUAACGGCUUAGGCUUACAACCUAAUGAAAAAAAAUCCUGGCUCUUGGAGAAUAUAACUGAAGAUCAUUCAGAUCAACUAGAACAUCAAAAAGUUCUUCAGAUAAGAUCUACAAAAAAUACAGUUGGUGAUGACACUGAUGAUCCUGAUAUGAAAACGACACUUAAAAAUGACUGCAUGAAUACAGAAAAUAACCUUAUGGAAGAACUUUGUCAACUGAAUGACCACAAAGUUCAGACUGAGCAUGUGGCAAACAUACCUGGAUCUCAGCUGGAACCUCAGAAUGGAUUUCGAGACAAUUCAGAAGACUCUUCAGUUGGUAAUGACAAUAAUUAUUCUAUUCCAGAAAUAGGUUUUCAGAUUCCUCACUUUCAAACAGAAAAUGGUCUUGCCAAACCAUCCAGUGAAGAUCCAGACUGCAAAGAAAAAAGUAGUGAUGCACAAGAUUUCACACUUGAGGGGCAAGUCACUUCAUCACCAUCAGUGGAGUCAAUCAAAAAUCCCAUUACUUGCAGUGACUCAGAAACGAGUGGUAUAUCUGGAGUUGCUUCUGAUCUAUGUUAUCAGCCUUUGAAAGAAGAGCAUGCCAAUUUUGAACCUAAGCAACAUCCUGACUUUUUUAUUUGGGAUACAGUUAUCUCCGCAGAUUCUAAUGGCCAAACAGACCAUGUUGAAUGGCUGAGGAACUCUGUUUCAGAUGGAACAGUGCCAUCCAUAAGACAUAAAACAGUCAGCAGAUCCUUCCUUGACCCACAAACCCAGACUCCAAAGGAUCUUUGUGCUUCUAAGGAAGGUGCUCUUCCAGAAAGCAGGGCAACCGACUGUGUUAUUUUUGAGGAACCUUCUUUCAUGACCCAUGUGAAACCUGGUAGACCAUCAGUUUCUCAUGAGAUACAAUCAAUACUGAACUCACAAGAUGAAUCUGAAGCAAGAAAGAAGAAUGAAGAUAUAACUGCAAAGUUUGCUAGGGGGAAUUCCCAGAAAGUUCAUGUUCCCUUGAAAAUCCUCCUUGCCGAGACAAACUUUGAGAACCAACAGGUAACAAAUGCCCAGGAGCAUUACAAAUCAAUGCAGGACAAGAAAAGUCAGACCUUGCAGAAUGAGCGAUGCACAGGAAAGGCAUGGAGUUCCAAAAUAGCUUCUGAGAAUCCUGCUGAGCCCUCUCUUAAUCGAGAAGAUUAUAAAGAAUGGAAUUCUCCUGCAAGGUUUCCAGUCAAUAAGAACCAGAAAAGGAGAGUCAAAGGAAAACAGGCCUGGAUGCCAUUUAUUUGCUGCCCAUCCAUUCAAUGAACUCAUCUGUUGUGCCUAGUGGCUGCUCUCUCGUUGGCUGGUCGAAUCAUCUUGAUGGCAGCAGUGGCCUCAGCACCCAUCUUAGUGUUGACGCAAUAUAGGAUCAUUAUACUUCAAGUCAUGAUACUGUAGAUUUGGAUAUUGUCUUAUUGCUGGUGUCUGUAAGUAUUCUACUCUGUUGGUUAUUUGGUAUUUCUUUCCUUUCUGGAUUUUUCAGUGUUAGCCUUAGAACUUCUACUAUGUUUUUUAAGUGGCACAAUUUUGAUGCUAAUGGUGAAGUUAGUACAGGGUAUCCAAUGCUUGGAUAGGUUUCUUGUAAUGCAGUUUCAAUUAAAAGAAACUAUGAAUGGUUUAUUUUGCUAUUUUAUUUUCAA